AUGUCGUCUAACCGAACUCGCCGCAUUGCGAAGGAGAUUGCGGACAUCCGCGCAGACACUCAUUCCCAGAUCACUGCGGAGCCGGUGGGAGAAGAAGACGAUAUCACACACCUCCGCGGUACUUUUCCUGGGCCGCCGGGUACCCCGUACGAAGGCGGCACGUACAAAGUUGACAUUAAGAUACCCAACGAAUAUCCCUUCCGACCACCCGUGAUGAAGUUCAUCACCAAGGUCUGGCAUCCAAAUGUCAGCAGUCAAACGGGUGCCAUCUGCCUUGAUACGCUUUCGUCCGCCUGGUCUCCAAUUCUCACCAUUAAAGCCGCUCUCCUCUCGCUGCAGUCCCUGCUUAGCACACCAGAACCUAAAGAUCCCCAGGAUGCCGAGGUUGCCACUAUGCUGCUUCGGAACCCCAAAGAGUUCGACCGCGUAGCGCGCGAAUGGGCUACACAACAUGCUGGGGCUCCGAGAAGAGCUGCGGGAGAGGGCAGCGGCGGCGCGACGAGCGAGUCCCUGCGCGAAUUGGAGCGGAAAGAGAAGGAAGCUCGAGAGAAGGAAGAUCUGUCCAAGUAUGAUGGGUACAACAAACAGCUAAUUGAUCGAUUUGUUCACAUGGGCUUUGACGUGGACGCGGUCGUAGCCGCAUUCGAAUAUUACGGCAUUGACCGCAACGGAGGCGAAGACUACGAGCUGGAGGAGGCCUACAUGGGUGAUGUGACCGCUCGACUCCUCGGCGAGCCGUAG